AUGUCUACCACGAAUAAUACCAAAAACUCGGUGUUCAUCACCUCCUCACCAAACAAGCCAACACAAAAAAAACGGAAAGGAAAUGAAAAUGAAACUACUAAUGAUCAAUCAUCAUCACAAGGCACCACUACAACUGCCAAACCACCUUCUCCACUUUCCCUUCGUAAACUCUCAUAUUCUGAUUCUACAUCAACAACAUCCAAUGAAGAUGAGCUCUUUUCACCACGUCGUUUCUCCCUGAGCGAUUCUGAUACUGAUAUCACACUUGGCGUCAAUUAUGACGAGCAAGCCAUGCAAAAAGAAGAGGAUUACGAAGAAGACAUUUAUGACUUUUCAUAUUCUCAACUUUUGGAUAUUGAAUACGAAGAUGAUGAUGAAUUUAAUCCGUUCGAUUUCAUUGCCCACCUUCCUCCAAAACCUAAGAUUUAUCCAAUUCAAUAUUGCCUUCCACCAAAGGAGCAAGGUACUCCCGAAAUUACUCUAGUUCUUGAUCUUGAUGAAACACUUGUUCAUUGCAGCACUGAACCCAUUCCAGACUCUGAUUUCACAUUCACAGUGUUGUUCCAUGGGGUUGAAUAUACAGUCUAUGUACGAAAAAGACCAUACUUUGUCGAGUUUUUGGAAACUGUAUCCAAGAUUUUCGAAGUGGUUGUUUUCACUGCAUCACAAAGUGUGUAUGCUGACAAAUUACUCUCAAUCCUCGAUCCUGAAAGAAAGUUUAUCAAGUAUCGUGUAUUCAGAAAUUCGUGUAUCGAUGUCGAACGAAACUACUUGAAAGAUUUGGAAGUCUUGGGACGUGAUCUUUCCAAGACAGUCAUUGUGGACAACUCUCCUCAAGCAUACGGCUAUCAGAUUGAUAACGGUAUACCGAUUCUUAGUUGGUUUGACGAUAAGGAAGACCGUGAACUCAUGAAGCUUAUUCCAUUCUUGAAACAACUUCAAAAGCAUGACGAUGUAAGGACAAUCAUUCGUAAGAAAUUUCACCUUAGAGAAAUUUUAGACAAUUACAAAAAGCAUUAG